AUGGAUAAUGUGGGAAAGUCGACAAAGGCUAACCCGAUCGCCCUACGGCUUCCUCGUUGGCUUGUUGUCGCUCACUUGGGCAAUUUCUUCCUUCUGAUCGUUCUGUAUUUACAUGCGUAUAUAACGAUUAUGAGUGUCGAAUGUGAGCUUCCGGAGGUACCGUUGAAAAAACCAGAUGAAAGAACAAAGCGAUCGGCAGCAAAACGAACUCUACCAGUUGAAGUGGAAGAGUAUACGAUCAUCAUUGGAGACAAUACGCUGAUUCCAGUUCGUUUUCGGUAUCCUGAACCUUACUUUUUGCCUUCUGCAUCGCUGAAAUUCAGGAUUCUACAUAGGUUUGGACGCCUGGCCUGA